CCAGUGCGCUAUUACAGUGCUGACGAGAAGCGUUGCUGUCGGUGUCCCGUAUACGGGCCGAGUUGGUUAGACAAGUGGCUGCGGACACUCUCGCACCCACCGCUUUUAAAACGCAGGGUAGAGUGCGCACAGCAAGAGUGGAAAGACGGAGCUGGACACCGGAGAAGGUCAUUACGUGGGGCUCGCUCUAUGACAACGCAGGUCUCAGGUUACGUGGCAUGCGCCGUGGAGGCGGUCCGCGGACUCCGCGCGCAGACGGGGGAACCGGGACAGAGAACGCGCUGGCAGCCUCGGCGCCGUGCGCGCGAUGGAGCAGGGGCAAUGAUCCUCCGAAGAGACGCGUUUCCACCUCCAGAAAUACACCUUGGCCAAACGCUGGGAUAGCCGCUCCGGCGACUGAACUGCGCUCGCACGGUGGGCUCCAUGUCUCCCCUCUCGUACCUGCAGUUCGGUGCCGUGCUGUGGCGGCGGGUGCAGUAUCUAUGAGUCCCAUUCGCCUCUCAGCGCUGUGGAGGCUCCCCCUGCUGGCCUGCAUGAGCAGCACGCCCCCAGACUUGCGUUUCCGCCUGCGGGGGCGGGGCAUGGCGCUGGCCUCCCUGCUGACCCUGGCGCUGCUGCUCUACCUCAACCGGCCAGCAGGCGGCGGCGGCGGCCCGGGGCAGCGCUCCGUCGGCGGUAAUGGGCAGGCCCAGCGUAGCGGGAGCGUGGGGGCGGGGCCAGCGGAGCGGCGCUACAACGACACGUACCCGCUGUCCCCGCCCGUGCGCACGGCGGCAGGCACACGCUACCGCAUCGCCGUCAUCGCGGACCUGGACACGGCCUCGCGCGCCCAGAGCCACCUCACCUGGUUCAGCUACCUGCGGCGGGGGCACCUGCUGCUGUCCGCCGGCGGCGAGAGGGUGGAGGUGGAGUGGGACCCGGACAGGGUGGUGCUGGAGAGCCACCUGGCGGAGAAGGGGCGGGGCAUGGAGCUGUCGGAGCUGGUGGCCUUCAACGGGCACCUGUACAGCGUGGACGACCGCACGGGCGUGGUCUACCGCAUCGAGGGCAACAAGGCCGUGCCCUGGGUCAUCCUGCCCGACGGCGACGGGUCCGUCUCUAAAGGGUUUAAAGCUGAGUGGCUGGCAGUGAAAGACCAGCAGCUGUAUGUGGGGGGUCUCGGGAAGGAGUGGACCACCACCACGGGGGAGGUUGUCAACGACAACCCAGAGUGGGUCAAGGUGGUGGGUUUCCAUGGCGAUGUUCAUCACCUGAACUGGGUGCCCCAAUACCAGGCCCUGAGGAGUGCAGCAGGGAUCUCCCCUCCAGGGUACCUGAUCCACGAGGCUGCGGUGUGGAGCGCGGUGCAGCAGCGCUGGUACUUCCUGCCGCGGCGCGCUAGCUCUGAGCGCUACGACGAGACGGCGGACGAGCGGAGGGCCGCCAACCUGCUGCUGAGCUGCUCGGCGGACUUCCGGCGCGUGACGGCCAGCCGCGCGGGGCCCCUGCACCCCACCCGCGGCUUCUCCUCCUUCCGCUUCGUCCCCGGCACCCGCGACCGCCUCGUCCUGGCCCUCAAGUCCGAGGAGGACGGCGGCCGGGUGGCCUCCUACAUCCUGGCCUUCACGCUGGACGGGCGCGUCCUGCUGCCCGAAACCAAGAUCGGCGACGUCAAGUACGAGGGGCUGGAGUUCAUUUAGCGCCCGUCCGGGCCGGGGCCGGGGCCGGGGGGGCUCAGUUUGAGUCGGCUUAACCUCCCCUCCCCCAUAGAGCUGGCCAGUGGGAAGUAACGGCUGCUGGACCGCAUCAUAUGAUUGGCCAGAUGAAAAGGGGUGGGACGCUGAUUCACGUCACGUGAUUGGUCAGAGGAAAGGGGUGGAUACUGGUUAUUGGCACGUGAUUGGCUGCUGCAGCUGAGGGCUUGUAACCAGUUGCUGCCCCAUGAUAAGGCCGACUGCUGUCCCCGGGCCCCUGUGGGAAUCAGGGCGGCUCCUACUGCGUGUGAAAACGCUCCAAACGGAGCUGUGAUGGAGCUGCAGUAAGGCGCACUGGACUGGACAGUCUUUCAUUAAUUUAUUGAUUUUUAUUCUGUACAGUAGCUUUGUGUUUUAUGGAACACAAAUUCUAACUAUCACCUCACUGUUGUAUAUAGAUGUGAUAACAUUUACGUGUAAGUGUGUGUGUGUGUAUAUAUGUGUGUUCCCACACACACACACACAGUUCUCUUCUAGUAAAAUGCCUGUGGUGGAAACAUG